CGGCACUUCAGCAGGACCGACAUGAAGAAAGCUAUUAAGCUAACGCUAGGAACUCUUUCAAGCUUUCCAGAUAGAAUGUAACAAAUUACCAUACUAAAGACGGUGCAGUAUCUUUCUGUUACACCCUAAAACUAUUUAAACCAUAAAGCCUAAGCCAGUCUUCUCGGCAUGUGGGUAGAGGAGGGAUUGUCAUAGAGCGGUGUGAUACAGUCCACGUCUGCAACACGGGCUUCUUGUCUCCUUCCAAGUAAACAUAAAACCCUGUAAGCUUAUGGCAGAGAAACGCCGGUCGCUGCGUGGAAGAGGAUCUCAGUCGUACCGCAGUCUGUCUCUGACGAAGAGGAAGACGGGUAGCGGCAGCGCCAGAGGGGCAGGGGACGGCGGUGCGAGGGCGGGCACCAUUGCCACCUUUUUUAGUAAUGCGCCACCCAGUAAGCUGGCAUGCCCCCUGUGUGGCGAGCUGGUCCCUCGCUUCAAGAUCAACGAGCACAUCGACACCCAGUGUAAGAAGUUCUGUCAGGGGAAUGAGGAUGAGCGCACGCUGCCGUCCAGUAGGGAACCAAAGCACCCUGUGAUGAUCCUGUCACCUCAGCGCACCUGUAGGAGUACACCUGACAAGCAACCCGGGACGAGGUCACCUCAGCGCACCUGCAGAAGUACUCCUGACAAGGAGCCCGGGACAAGGUCACCUCAGCGCACCUGGAGUACACCUGACAAGCAGCCCGGGGCGAAGUCACCUGAGCAGAGCGGUGAGCUGAAGACCAGUCCUUACUUCAAAAAGCAGCAAUCACAGCAGCAACAGGAGGUGGAGUUGGGGAAAGUCCCUGACCAGCCGAAAGUGGUGCAGAACGUCAGCCUUGGGAGCCUGUCCUCCAGACUGUCCAGAAAGGCCCUGACGUUCUCAGAAGAACCGACCACCAAGCAGACCAGCCGUGCUGGAGGGACAGACAGAGAUGAUGGUGAACUGAACAGCUCUCAAAAAGAAAACCAAUCAGAGAUGACCAGAGAACCACAAGGCCUAUUAGUAAAGACCUCCAAAUGGUUCUCCUCUCAGAAACAAGCUGUCUGUGAACACCCCCCUCUGGUAGAGAAGGAGGAGUGUGAUCCCAAAAUUGUAAAAUCACGUUUACCGCGCACUACUCCUGAUGGAUGUAGCAAUAAGUCCUUCUCGUUGAAGAGGGGAUUGAUGGAGGCACCAGGAGAUAGCAGGUCCGACACACACACGCUGAAGUCCAGACUCCGCAAGAGAGUCAGACAGGAGAGAGACACAAAUAACACCCAGACGGACACCCGCCCUGUUCCCAGCGCUCAGCAAACAGGACCCAGCAAGCACAUUGCACAAGCAGAGACGCCCUCAGCCGGAGAGAGACGUGAGCAGCAGUCCAGUACUGGACCGGGUCUUCAUUACGAGCAGUCUAGUACUGGACCGGGUCUUCAUAACGAGCAGUCCAGGACUGUGAGGAGAGCAGAGCUUGGUCUUAAUCAGGAGCAGAGCUAUGAGUCAACAAGGAAGAGAGAAUGUGGAACAUCACAAUCGGAGCAUCUGGAGUCCAGUGUUGACGCCACACACAUGAGAGUGGGAGCAUCAGGGUCUUUCCGGAAGCCGUAUUACCUGCGGAACUUCCUGUCUGUGCUGGAGGUGGUGAUGGAGCACGAGGACGACCGGCGGCUCUUCAACCAGGAGGACCUAGCCGCCGUCCACACCUUCCAGCAGCUCUCAGGGCCAGGUCAGAUGCUGUAUGUGCGUCUGUUCCAAAGGAAGCUAAAGUGGCUGCAGGUGGAGAAGCUGGACUACACGGAGAUCAGCGCCGACCUGCGGCCCGUGGUGGACGAGCUGGUGCAGGCACGCUUCCUGCAGGAUGAGCAUGAGCUGCAGGAACUGGCGGAAGUGCUGGAGGUGCUGCCAGCCCCAGAGCUGAGGAGUCUGGCCAAGACCCUGCACCUGACCGGGGGAAACAGCGCCACCCAGAGGCCCCAGCUAGUGGAGGGGCUGCUGAAGCUGGCUAAGCAACGCGCCCUCUUCCCCUCUGCCCCGGGGCAAAUCAGCAGCACGGGGGCAGUUAUUCUCAAGAAGGCGAGACAGUUGGCGGGCCGGUGUGUGCGUCUGUGUGUGUGUCCGCGGGCCGUCUUCUCCCGGCUGCUGCUGCUCUUCUCUCUGACGGACUCGCUGGACGAUGAGACGGCAGCAGCGGGUGGGCAGGGCCAGCUCUACACCAUCCUGCUGGUCAACUCCGGACAGCUGGCCUUCCCCGAGUACAGCAUCCAGCGGCAGGCCAGGGUGUUCCGCCACAGGGACGACCUCAUCAGGUAUGAGGUAGCCAUUCGUUGCCUGCAGGAGGUGACUGUCGCCAUGCAGUCAGGCAGCUGGGAGGACGCCCUGGGGCUUUACACGGCUGCCAAGGCAACGUGGCAGGAGCUACAGCAGAGUGGGGACCUCCAACAUGAGAAGGAGCUGCCGGUAUUUCUGCGGUCUUUUACUGUAGGAUGGACCUACACCCGCAUCAUGUCUCGUGGCAUCGAGAUCCUACAGAGAUUACGGUGUUAUGAGGAGGCUGUGGCCGAGUUGAGGGCUGUACUGGCCCAAUCAGUCUACUGUCCAGACAGCAGGGGGCGCUGGUGGGACCGCCUGGCCCUCAACUUACAGCAGCACCUUAAACUCCACGAGCAGGCUAUCGGUGCGAUCCGGGACGGCCUCUCGGACCCACUGGUCCGGACUGGUCACCAGCUGGCGCUGCACCAGCGGGCCGCCCGCAUGAAGGAGUCGCCGAGCCUCAAAAAGUUCCGCCUCCUCCUGCAGGACCUGCCCAGUGUCCACAUCAGGGACGUCCCCCACGUCACCAUCCGAGGUCACAUGUUCCCGCACCAGGGGGGUAUGGGUAAAUCUGUGUUCCUGCGGCCGGCCGACCAGGAAGAGGGAGAAGAGGGCGGGGCCACAGUCAUGUGCUCUGUGGAGGACCUGGCGCUGGCUCACUACAGACAGCUGGGCUACGACCAGGGGCUGCAUGGCGAAGGCUCUACCUUCUCCACCCUGUUUGGGCUUCUCAUGUGGGACAUCAUCUUCAUGGAGGGCGUGCCUGAUGUCUUCAGAUACCCCUAUCAGACGUGUCCACUUGACCUGCACACUGACUGUUUCUACGGUAACCGGCAAGAGGCCAUUGAGGCGCGGGUGCAGCUGGUGCGGGAAGCAGCGGUGGAGACACUGCAGGAGCUUCUGGCAGACGUGUGGCAGAGCCAGCAAGGCCGAGUGUGUGCGCUCGUCAGCUGGGAACGUUUCUCCUCUCUGCAGCAGGCUCAGAGUCUGGUGGGGUGUAUGGGCGGUUCCUUCCUGGCAGAAGUGAUCCUGCGGAUGGCCAGAGACUACAGGCACUGUCGUGGAGGCCUGCCAGACCUGGUGGUGUGGAGCUCUGUGUCCGCUAGCUACAAGCUGGUGGAGGUGAAGGGCCCGAACGACCGUCUGUCCCAGAAGCAGCAGAUCUGGCUGGACGAGCUGCGCAAAUGGGGUGCGGACGUAGAGGUGUGUCAUGUGACCGCCAUCGGGGCACGUGCCACCCGCCUCAACUGAUGGGCAUGCAGAAGACCGGUACCUAACACUGGGCAGGUGCAGUCCUCACCUACAAUACACCUCCUGUAUGGACUAAUGUAGGAUCCACACUCCUGUGUGGACUAAUAUAAGAUCCAUCCUCAUGUGUAGACUAAUCCAGGAUCCAUCCUCUUGUGAGGACUAGAGUAGGAUGCAUCCUCCAAAGACUGUCUAGUAUGUGCAGGAGUGUAUGAAAUGUGCAAGAGUGUCAGUGGAAAUGAGAGACUGUGGCCAUGGUUACGAUGGACUCCACAAGCAUGCCUUUGUGUUCUGUGAACAGAAGUUAGGGGGGGCGGUCAUUCAGUGCUGACCUCCUAGAUCUUACAGUUGGUUAAGCUGCUGGUUUUUUCCAAGUGCUAUGGAAUGGAACUGUGAAAUAAAAAGUAACACUAAGCGUUGAAUACUCCUGUGUGGUCAUUCUGAAAUCUGACUGAGGGCCAUCGGAAGAUGGAGACGUUUGAUGGAGAGUGGUUGCUAUGAGGGUCUCCAUCUUAUCCACUGCUGGCCUGAAUGAAAAGGCCAUUCAGUUAAGAGUGUGAGAGUCGACCUUCAGACGACCUUCCAAGUCCCUGCCAGGCCAUAAACUCAUGAGAAUGCACAUGGGAAAAUGCAGGGAAAGCCUUGUCUGGAGGCUGAGGCCUCAGGCGCUGAUAAGGCAUUCCAUGGAGUUCUAGAAUUCUCUCUGGUUUUGUGUCAUCAUUUCAUCUCUAUUCAUGCCUUUGUGCAACUUUCUCUCCCUCUUUCUGUCUCUCUCUCCCUCUCUCUCUUCCACUCUCUCUGUCUCUCUCUCUGU